GCCGCCCGUUCGCCUCUCCCACACCGCCAAGCACAGAGGAGCCUCAGGCCUGACGUCGCAGCCUCAGGAGUACGAGCAUCGUCCGUGGCUGCUGACCGAACAUACGAGCAGACCACACGCGCGCCCGGUAAGAGACCAUUAAUGACUUCACUGGCAGCCAUGCGUCUAAGUGGACGUGCAUCGAUCUCCCCGUUUGAGUGCAGGAUAAGACGGAGACUGAGAGCGCUCCACAACCAGGUGAAUGGACAUGUACAGCACAGGCCGUUGAUUGAGCCACUGUGUUUGUCUCCCUUCAGCAGGGUGGGCCAAGGUAGUCGCUAAGGUUUCCUUGGAAGUCAUCCACGAGGGUGUCGCGAAGAUCUGGCCUCAAGUUUUCUUCAUAUAGUUCAUUCUGUGAAGCCUGAAGGGCUCAGAGUUGAAGGAGACAGGGGCAGGUGAACGGCUCCGAGUGCUCCUCACAGGGCUCUUUUUCUUUCAAUUCGUACUUGGCUUUGUCCUGGAAGAGUGGUUCGAUGGCAGAGUGGAAUGAGUGAGUGAGUGAGUGUGGGACGGACCGUUUUGUGGCACCUGCAUGUGUGAGCUGUUGGACUCAAAUUCGCUUGAUAACAGUCCCCUAAAGGCCGGUGGCUGGCCAGGCGGAGACCAAUGUGGAGCUGCAGAAUGCCGACAUGGAGAAGUACACCAACUUCACCAUGGACAAACUCACGCCUAAGGGCUCGGGGGUCUUCUGGUCCGUCGCGUAAGUCAUUGCCGAACCGAACAACCAAAGGCACAGCACUCCGCCUCUCAUUUCUCUUCAUGGCGUGUGUCUGCGUGUGUGUCUCAGCGGUGUGGCGCUCGCCCUGGCGCAGAUCGCCCUGCUGCCCCCUGAGACGCUCAACAUUCUCGUGCCUCUGGAGGUGAGCAAACAGCCCGUGACACACCGGACCAUAGCCACACACACACAUCGAUGUGUGUCACUCGCCAUCAGUGUGGUGCCGUGUUGGUGGAUUCGCUCUUCUUCCGGUCGGUCCUGUCGGAGAGCGUCGCGCGGGUGGUCUUCCCGCCCUAUCAGGAGAGGAUUGUCAAGCACAAGGCGGGCCACUUCCUCAUCGGCUACCUACUGGGUGCCCCCAUCCAGCGGUGCAUCGUGACGGUGCCGCAGCUCUUCAAAGAGAAGGCACUCGUGGCCGGACAGGGAAGUGAGACAGACAACCGCACACAGACGGAGGGCACGAUGUGUUUGUCUCUCUCGCUGUGUGUGUGUGUAUAGGUACGAUCUUUUUCGUGCCUGAGAUCAAGGAGGAGGUGAUGCGCGGGCAGCUGCGGCGUGAGACCAUCGACAGGCUGUCCAUCAUCACCAUGGCCGGCAUCGCCGCAGAGGCACUUCAGUUCGGUAACGCAGAGGGCGGCAGGAGCGACGAGGCCACACUGGUGAGAUCAUGGGAUGGGUGCCAUCAGUGGAGAGAGAGGAGGCAUCACACCCACCUGAGUGCUCAUCUGUCUGUGUGUGUCUUGUCACUUGCUGCAGCGCUUGUUCCUUGGUCGGGACAUCUUCCCGCCCUGGUCGCUACCGCGCGUCACUCUGCAGGCCCGAUGGGCCGUCACGCAGGCCGUGCUGCUGCUCAAGGUGGGUGGCUGGGUCGGUGACACCACACCACACACAGAGGGCCGCUCAGUCCAUGACGUGUGUGUGGUUUGGUGGUGUCGUGUUGUGCUGGGUGGACAGAAGUAUUCGCAGGCCUAUGACAAUUUGGUCGAGGCACUGCGGCAGGGGAAGCCUGUGGGCGACUGUGUCGCGGCAAUCGGUCAGAGAGAAACAGAGAGAGAGAAAUGAAAUCCAUCGCACCUGUGUAUACACUGUGCGGCUGUCUGUGUGUGUGGGUUGGGUGUCUGUGCAGAGAGGGGGCUGCCCGAUGAUGCAAGGGAUGCAAUCCAAAGGCGGCAAGACAUGCGCCAAAGCACUUACGGCACCGUAAGACCAUCCUCACACAUCCCACACACACCAUUGCCCGUCUCUUUGUCUGUUCAGGUCACUGCCGGUGGGUGUGGGUGGGGCGUCGCCACGGUCGGGGUCGUUAUCCGCGAGCUGCUCACGAUGCCCAAACAGAAUGGGGACGGCGGCGAGGGCUGAGGGGCCAUUGACUGACCGAUGUGAUGGGGGUAGGUGGCUGGGGGGGGGCACAGGAGGUUUUGAUGGGGUGACCGUUUUGGGAAGCUGCCAUGGAUUGAUGAGUCGAUGAGUUUGUUGAUGUGACGAUGCGCUGCAUUAUUGACAGCCAGGCGACCAGACCUCAUGACUGUCAUGGGUGGUGUGGUGUGUAAACACGAUGUCGCGUCG